UAUUACGAGUGACGUGGCUGGAGUGACAGCACGAGUUAUGCGUUUUUCGAUAAUGUUACAUAGUUUUGAAUUUUAUAAACUAAUAUAAAAUAAAUAUGAGAGUUUAAUAAGAACACAAUUGUAAUAUUUACAAAAUUACAAAAAUUUAAAGAAGUAAAUUUAAUUGUAAAAAGAAACAACAUGACAACGUAUGAGGAUUUUAUUCAACAAAAUGAGGAUCGCGAUGGAGUUCGUUUUACUUGGAAUGUCUGGCCAUCAUCACGUAUUGAUGCUACUAGGCUUGUUGUUCCCUUAGGAACACUUUAUCAACCUAUUAAAGAACGUCCGGAUUUACCACCUAUUCAAUAUGAUCCAGUUUUGUGUACUAGAUCUACAUGUAGAGCAAUUUUAAAUCCAUUAUGUCAAGUAGAUUACCGUGCAAAACUAUGGGUCUGCAAUUUAUGUUUUGGAAGAAAUCCUUUUCCACCACAAUAUGCAGCUAUUUCAGAACAACAUCAACCAGCUGAACUAAUUCCUAUGUUUUCAACAAUCGAAUAUACUAUAAUGAGAGCACAAUGUCUCCCUCCUAUCUUUUUACUCGUUGUUGAUACAUGUAUGGAUGAUGAAGAGUUAGGUGCACUUAAGGAUUCACUUCAGAUGUCUUUAUCUUUGCUUCCACCUAAUGCUUUAAUUGGUUUGAUUACUUUUGGAAGGAUGGUUCAAGUGCAUGAGUUAGGUUGUGAAGGAUGUAGCAAAAGCUAUGUAUUCCGUGGUACUAAAGAUUUGCAGCCAAAACAGGUUCAAGAUAUGCUUGGUAUUGGUAGACCAAUACCUGGUCAAAAUCCAAAUCAACAGAGAGGUUCUGGUGGACAGCCCUUACCACCGGCUAAUCGAUUUUUACAACCAGUACAUAAAUGUGAUAUGAGCUUAACAGAUUUACUUGGAGAGUUGCAAUGUGAUCCUUGGCCAGUCGGACCAGGAAAACGUCCAUUGCGUUCAACUGGCAUGGCAUUAGCUGUUGCUACAGGACUUUUGGAAGCUAGCUAUGCGAAUACUGGAGCCAGAAUCAUGCUCUUUGUUGGAGGACCAUGUUCUCAAGGUCCUGGUCAAGUUGUAACAGAUGAUCUUCGUCAACCCAUCAGAUCGCAUCAUGACAUUCAAAAGGAUAAUGCAAAGCAUAUGAAAAAAGCUACUAAACAUUAUGAUGGUCUUGCUUCUCGUGCUGCCACUAAUGGUCAUAUAAUUGAUAUUUAUUCAUGUGCUCUUGAUCAAACCGGAUUAUUAGAAAUGAGACAGUGUUGUAAUUCAACGGGAGGUCACAUGGUAAUGGGAGAUUCAUUUAAUUCAUCUCUUUUUAAACAAACAUUCCAACGAGUGUUUACAAAGGAUGCUAAAGGUGAACUAAAAAUGGCAUUUAAUGCUACUUUGGAAGUUAAAGCAUCACGAGAACUUAAAGUUUCCGGUGCUAUUGGACCGUGCGUUUCGUUGGGUAUAAAGGGAUCUAGUGUAGGAGAGCAAGAAGUUGGUUUAGGUGGUACAUGCCAAUGGAAAUUUUGUUCUUUAACACCAUCAACCACAACAGCAAUUUUCUUUGAAGUUGUAAAUCAACAUACUGCGCCGAUUCCACAGGGUGGCAGAGGUUGCAUUCAAUUCAUUACACAAUAUCAACAUAGUAGUGGACAACGAAGAAUUAGAGUUACAACUAUAGCUAGAAAUUGGGCAGAUGCAUCUACGUCAUUUCAUCAUAUAAGUGCAGGCUUUGAUCAAGAAGCAGCUGCAGUUCUUAUGUCACGUUUAGCUGUCUUUAAAGCUGAAAGUGAUGAUGGUCCUGAUGUUCUAAGAUGGGUGGACAGAAUGCUUAUAAGACUUUGUCAAAAGUUUGGUGAAUAUUCUAAAGAUGAUCCAAAUAGUUUUAGACUCGCAGAGAACUUUUCGUUAUAUCCACAAUUUAUGUAUCAUUUACGUAGAUCCCAAUUUUUACAAGUAUUUAACAAUUCACCAGAUGAAACAAGCUUUUAUAGGCACAUGCUAAUGCGUGAAGAUUUGACAAAUUCUUUGAUAAUGGUACAACCCAUUUUAUAUAGUUAUGGAUUUGGAGGUCCACCUGAACCCGUGUUACUUGAUACUUCGUCGAUUCAACCAGAUAGAAUUUUAUUGAUGGACACAUUUUUCCAGAUCCUCAUAUUUCAUGGAGAAACUAUAGCACAAUGGCGACAAUUAAAAUAUCAAGAUUUACCAGAAUAUGAGAACUUCCGUCAGUUAUUAGCAGCACCGGUUGAUGAUGCUGCUGAAAUACUUAGUGGAAGAUUUCCAGCACCUAGAUAUAUUGAUACAGAACAAGGAGGCUCGCAAGCUAGAUUCUUGUUGAGCAAAGUAAAUCCCAGUCAGACUCAUAAUAACAUGUAUGCCUAUGGAGCGGGGAUGCCGUUACCCAGUGGGGAAAGUGGAGCUCCUGUUUUAACUGAUGAUGUCAGUCUGCAAGUAUUUAUGGAACAUUUAAAGAAGUUGGCUGUUUCUUCUACAGCAUAAAUCUUAUAUGGAUAUCUAUCUUAGAAUUAUUAAUUUCUAUGCAUAUUAUACAUUUUUCAGCCUCACUAGCAUUAUUAGAAAUUAUUAAUUUUUUAUAUUUGAUAGAGUAUCAAGUAUAUUAAAUAUAUAAAAUAAGUUUUGUAAAUUUGUCAAAAGAAUUUUGGAACAUGCAAUUUAUUUAAAACUUAAAUGUAUACAGUAAUCCACAUAAUGUAUUUUUCUGUCUUAUGAUUUUAAGAUCAAUAAUUGUUGUUUAUAUAAAUAUAAGAUUGUAUUAAUAAUAUAGAAUACUGUUAAUAUUA